CUGCGUAGUGAGCAGCGUCGGGGGGUGCCCUGAGUGCGACUCGUUCGUUGCAAAGGGACGAGCUUCCAGGUUCAACAUGGCUAGUACAUUCCAGGAAACACCUACAUUUGAAGCUUCUUACUCAGAAAAUGUUGAUGCUAAGCUGUCCUUUCUACCUGAAAGACUGAGAAAGAAACUGCUUCCUUUUCAGGAGAAAGGCAUCAUAUUUGCACUUCAGAGAAGCGGCAGGUGUAUGAUAGCUGAUGAGAUGGGGCUAGGUAAAACAAUUCAAGCAAUCGCCAUUUCGUAUUACUAUAAAAACGAAUGGCCUCUCUUAAUUGUAGUGCCUUCAUCUCUGAGAUACCCUUGGGUUGAUGAGAUGGAGAAGUGGAUUCCAGAACUCUCUCCAGAUGAUAUUAGCAUCAUUCAGAACAAAACUGAUACUGGGAGAAUAUCAACCAGCAAAGUAACGAUUCUGGGGUAUGGCCUGUUAACUUCUGAUGCACAGACUUUAGUAGACACUUUGUACAGGCAGAACUUUAAGGUAGUUGUGAUUGAUGAAUCACACUAUAUGAAAUCCAGAAAUGCCACCCGCAGCAAGAUUUUGUUGCCAAUUGUGCAGAAAGCUGUUAGAGCUAUUCUUCUUACUGGAACUCCUGCUCUAGGAAGACCUGAAGAGCUUUUCAUGCAGAUUGAGGCACUGUUUCCAAGAAGAUUUGGAACUUGGAGUGAAUAUGCCAAAAAAUACUGCAAUGCUCGUGUCAGGUUUUUUGGUAAAAGAACUCAAUGGGACUGUAGAGGAGCUUCAAAUUUGGAAGAACUACAUCAACUUUUAAGUGAAAUAAUGAUCAGAAGACUGAAGAAUGAUGUUCUAACUCAGUUGCCUCCCAAAGUUAGGCAACGUAUUCCAUUUGACCUCCCACAAGCCACAGCUAAGAAUUUGAAUGCCACUUUUGCAGAGUGGGAGAAAUUAAUGAGAAGUCUGAAUUCAGAUGCCACUGAAAGCCACUUUUCUCAGGUCAUGAAUCUCAUCACACGCAUGUAUAAAGAAACAGCCAUUGCCAAGGCAGGAGCAGUAAAGGACUAUAUCAAAAUGAUGCUCGAAAAUGACAAACUGAAGUUUCUAGUUUUUGCUCAUCACUUAAGCAUGCUUCAAGCCUGUACAGAGGCAGCUAUAGAAAAUAAGGUUCGCUACAUACGAAUAGAUGGAAGUGUUCCUUCCGCAGAAAGAAUACAUCUUGUUAAUCAGUUUCAGAAGGAUCCUGAUACCCGGGUUGCUAUUUUGAGUAUUCAGGCAGCUGGUCAGGGUUUAACUUUCACUGCUGCUACUCACGUUGUGUUUGCUGAAUUAUAUUGGGAUCCAGGCCAUAUUAAGCAAGCAGAAGACAGAGCACACCGAAUUGGGCAGUGCAGUUCUGUGAAUAUUCACUUCCUUAUUGCAAAAGGAACAAUGGAUACUCUGAUGUGGGCAAUGCUGAAUCGCAAGGCGAAAGUUACAGGCAGCACCUUGAAUGGCAAGAAAGAGAAAAUGCAGGCUGAAGAAGGUGAUAAGGAGAAAUGGGAUUUUUUGAAUUUUGCUGAGACCUGGACCCCAAAUGAAAGUCUAGAAGAUCCCAAAAAUGAACUUUUAUUUACACAUUUUGAAAAGGAAAGACAGCAUGACAUACGUUCUUUCUUUUCCCCAAAAUCCUCCACUGAGAAGAAACGCAAAAUAUUUUCUGGUAAUGAAUCAUUACAUAAUGAUUCAGAAUCUUCUGAAGUCACAAAAGAAGAGGAUGCGGAGAAGAGCAGUGAAAACCUGGAUUCCACAAGAAUAAGUGACGUGGAUACAAUUUGUCAUGAAAGUUACUGUGAACCUGAAGCUAAAAGAGCAAGAAGCAUAAGUGGAUCAACUCCAGUCAACUCCAGUAAGAAAAAGAAAACAUCUUUGACUGGAAAAAAGCCCUCUUUGUUUUCAGAAAAAAACAAUGAAGUCUUUCCUUGUGGCUUAAAUACUUCAAGCAAAAAUACAGCUUUAAAUAAAGUUUGGCACUGUAGUGUUUGCAGUUACAGUAAUAAUGAAUUGCUCCCUUACUGUGAAAUGUGCAAUUGCCCGCAAAGCAGUAAUGUCGAGAGAAAUUGUGAAGCUCCCACUAGCCAGACUGAGGAAGAUGUGUCAAAGGACUCCAGAAGAAAUGAAGAAAGCGCAGUGUGCAAUGCUGAAGAUAAAAGAGAAGAUUUUGGGGAAAAGGUGACCCAGCAAUUUGUUGAAAUCAGCGAACAAGAAACUGUUGAAAUUGAAAAUGAAGAAAGUGAAAAAAAGUGUGGAGAAGGAGAUGUAGAUAAAUCAGACACGUUUCCAAUAUAUGAUGGGCUUAUGUUUUGUGCAAGCAGAAAUACUGAUAGAAUUCACCUCUAUACAAAGGAUGGUGAACCACUGAAUCAUAAUUUCAUUCCAUUGGACAUACAGCUGGAUAACUGGGAGGAUUUACCAGAGACUUUCCAGCAUAGACAAAAUCGUUCAUCGAUACUGAGGUUUGUGAAAGAAUGGAGUCAUCUAACAGCAAUGAAACAGAAGAUUGUCAGAAAAAGCGGUCAGAUAUUUUGUAGUCCUAUUCAUGCUGCAGAGGAGUUGUCUAAAAAGCAGUCAGUGGGCAGCAGCACAAAAAGGUAUGUGACCAAGGAGGAUGUAGCAGCAGCCUCACUUAGCAAAGCUAGCAGCAGCGGGGGCAGCGUGCGCCUCAUCUCUAAAGAAAGUGGGGUUUGUCUGAAGAACGAAAAUGCUUCUAUUGGACAGUCGGGUCAUUCCACAAAGUUGCUUUCAGAAAAUGGAAAAGGCCUGUCAGUUCUUCAUUCCGAGCAGACUGAAGCCGAAGGCUCCUCCCUAUCCAAAGGCUAUUUGCAAGCCUUGGACAGCCAAGGGAACCCACUCUGUCUCAGCUGUCAACAGCCAACGGCUCAGCUUGACCCAGGCUGCCAGGCCCGUGCUUGGGACACACGAUUCUGCUCUCAUGCCUGCCAGGAGGACUUCUCGAUUCGCUCUAGUCAGAGCUACCUUCGGACUAAAGUGUUUGAAAUUGAACACGGUGUUUGCCAGUUUUGUAAUCAAAACGCCCAGGAGCUUUAUCUCAGCAUCAGAGAUGCACCCAAGAGUCAGCGUAAGAAACUUCUGCAGAGUUCUUGGAUGUCUCACCUCCCACUUGGGCAGCUGAAUGAAAUUGUAACAAACCCGACAGAAGGCCAGUUCUGGCAGGCGGACCAUAUCAAGCCCGUUUACAGUGGAGGAGGACAGUGCUCCCUGGAAAACCUUCAAACUCUGUGUACGGUCUGCCACAGAGAGAGAACUGCAAAACAGGCCAAGGAAAGAAGCCAGAUGAAGAGACGUUCUUUAGCUACAAAGUACGGCUGUGAUAUCACCAAAUUUUUUGUGAAGACUUAAAAUGCAAAAUAUAUCCAGUUACAUUACAACUCCGAAACCAGUACAGUCACACAGUUUUCCUCAUGCACUGAUUAAAAAAAAAAAAAAAUCUCUGUAGUCUAUCAUGCUGUUGGUAGAGGGAAGAAAAUAUGGAAUUAAAUCCAAGAAAUCAUUUAUAACACUGAUUGUCAGAGGGCCUUGGGCGAGUGCAUCCAAGGUACUUGAUCAUGGUUAUAUUUUUAGGACCCUGUGGUUUAAAGCCGAAUCUGUGUGGAACCUUACUGCAAUUUUGAAGCAUUACUGUUUUCCUAUUACAGCGUAGUUAUAGCUGCAAGAACUUGAGGAAGUUCUGUUGAAACUUCCAUCAGUCUUAGAGGGUUCAGUUGUAUUGGGGACAUUUGGACCAAGAAGAUAUCUUAGUUUAAAUUCUUUUCUUUGGUCACAUACCGAAAUUACUGGAGAAAAUACAGGCUCUGAUAUCUGUUAUGACAAAAAUAGCAUGAGUAAUUUGUCUCUUCUAAAACUGCCUCAUAGCUACAAAACAUAGCAACAGGAGCCUUGGGAAUGCUCUGAUCAGCCAUGACAGGCCUAGUGGUGGCACUGGGCCUGACUUACAGGACUUCGACAGUUAGAAUUAAUGUCUAUUGAAAUCCCAUUUUACUUAAACCAGCUUGUAUUAAAAACCUAUUCAUGAUAGGGAACAAUAAAUAUUAGCUAUUAUCUCAUCAAAGGUAGUUUCUGGCAAAUGCUACAGGUGCAUUCUCCUUAACAAGAUUGCAGAGAUGCUGGUUA